CUUUCAGUGUCUGGCAUGCGCGGCCACGCCUCCCCGUACAGCAGCAUGGCGGCGCCCGGGACGGUGGCGGGAGCAUCCGCGGCGGCGGCGGCGGCGCUGGUGCAGUACGUGGUGCUGCGGGGGGACCUGGCCCGCUCGUGGUCGCUGGGUGCAGUGGUGGCCCAGGGGUGCCACGCCGCGCUGGCCGCCGCGCACGCGCACUGGCAGCACCCCGACACCCGUGCCUACCUGUCGGCGGGCGGCGCCAUGCGCACCGUGGUGCUGGAGGCUCCGGAUGAGGCCGCUCUGACCGCGCUGGCACAGACCCUGCAGCAGCACAGCAUUGACCACGAGGUGUGGACAGAGCAGCCUGAGAACGUCCCCAGCUGCCUGGCGCUCCGGCCCUACCCGAAGGACCAAGUGCACCCGCACCUGAAGAAGUUCAAGCUGCUGAAGUGACCCCUGCUUUCCCACAAGCCCUCCUCCUGUGCCACAGCUUCGCAGAAGCUUUGUGCUGAUGUGUGUCAGCCUUCGUGUUGUGCAGUAGUGGUUAAACAGUGUAAAACAGAUCUUUGCUGGAGAGGAUUAAAUAUUCCUUGCAACAUUUCA